AAGAGCUGAGCGGCCCGGCGGCGGCUGCGGGCGAGCGCCAGACGGCGCGCGGCUGCCGGGAGAGCGCGGGCUGCGGGAUGGAGCCCCCUGAGAGCGCGGCCGAGCUCGCAGGCGACGCGGUGGAGCUGCGCGAGCCGGAGCUGCGGCUCGCGGACCCCGCGCCCCCCGGCGAGGAGCAUGCGGACGUCGAGGCGGCGGACGCCCCCGGCCCCGGCAGGUGCUGGCCGUACGGAGCCUGGGCGUGCGGCAGCUCGCGUGGGGAGCCGGCCAAGAAGAAAGCACCCUGCCCUGGACUUGGCUUGUUUUACACAGUGUUGUCUGCCUUCCUUUUCUCAGUGGCCUCUUUAUUUGUUAAAAAAGUGCAAGGCGUCCAUGCUGUGGAGAUCAGUGCGUUUCGAUGUGUCUUCCAAAUGCUAGUUAUUAUCCCUUGCUUAAUAUACAGAAAAACUGGGUUCAUAGGUCCCAAAGGCCAGCGACUUUUCCUUCUUCUCAGAGGGGUCUUUGGUUCCAGUGCCAUGAUCCUUAUGUACUAUGCUUUCCAGACGACGUCCCUCGCAGAUGCCACAGUUAUUGCAUUUAGCUGUCCAGUGUUUACGUCAAUAUUUGCUUGGAUAUUUCUCAAGGAAAAGUAUAGCCUUUGGGAUGCUUUCUUCACGUUGUUCGCAUUCGUUGGAGUGAUCCUUAUCGUGAGGCCGCCAUUUUUAUUUGGCUCCGACACAUCAGGGAUGAGCAAAAGCUAUUCAGAGCACAUUAAGGGAACAUUUGCCGCAAUUGGACAUGCCGUGCUAGCUGCAAUGACUCUGGUUAUCUUAAGAAAAAUGGGAAAAUCUGUGGACUACUUUCUGAGCAUUUGGUAUUAUGUCAUACUUGGCCUUCCUGAAUGCAUCAUCAUCCUCUUUGUCAUAGGAGAAUGGAGUCUCCCUUACUGUGGGCUGGAUAGACUGUUUCUCAUACUCAUUGGGCUCUUAGGUUUGGGGGGUCAGAUAUUCAUCACUAAAGCUGUUCAAAUAGAAAAAGCAGGACUCGUAGCAAUAAUGAAGACAAUGGAUAUAGUCUUUGCUUUUAUCUUUCAGAUUGCUUUCUUCGAUAAUAUGCCGACGUGGUGGACGGUGGGUGGGGCUGUCUGUGUAGUAGCCAGCACUACUGGUGCAACCAUUCGAAGAUGGCUCCAGAGUUCCAAAUGAAAUGUCACUGUUGAAAUCUAUAUUUUUUUCAAAUAUGCCAUCACUCAGCUCAGACAUCGUACACACCUGCACAC